GUGUAUUUGCACCUCACGUUUGCUAUCCGCCAAUACAAAUUUAAAGAAGGAGAAAAAAAUGGCGGACAGCCACUAGCUCAAUCCACAUAAAAAUAAUACACAAACAUUUCAAAGCAAGGGAAAAGGAGGGAGCUGGUCGAUAUCCGCAUGACGCAAGGAAAAAGGCGCACUUCUAUUGAGAGAACCAACUGAAGACUUAUGAUCUUUUAAGGGAUGAGUUUUCUGUGUCUACAGUGAGCCCUGAGUGUGUUUGGGUGGGUGACUGAGGUUUGCUGACAGCUGGGGCCACCUCUUUGUUGUACCCUGUCGUCUGCCUCCAACGCCGACCCACUGCCUGGCCGACAGAAGGGGAGAGUGUUAAGAGCGAAUCCGUGGGAAAGUCAACCUGAGCAUCCACAGAUAAAAGAGUGGACUAUUGUGUCUUGAACUUAGUCAGUAUUACUGGACAUGAGGAAGCCAGUGCCACAAAAAGCUAUUGAGUGGAAAGAUGGCAGGCAGAUCAAGCAUGCCCGAAGUGGCCGUCCCUCCCGGGUCCCAUCGCAGUACCAAGGAGGUCACUUCAGUUGGGACAAAUACCUGAAGGAAACAGGUGCUAGUGCUGCACCUGCGCACUGCUUCAGACAGGGCGCAACACCUCCAGUGAAUGAGUUCAAGGCGGGCAUGAAGCUGGAGGCGCAGGACCCUCGGAAUACAACGUCCACCUGCAUUGCUACGGUGGUGGGCCUGACUGGAUCGCGGCUGCGCCUGCGCCUCGAUGGCUCCGAUAACAAGAACGACUUCUGGCGCCUGGUGGACUCGUCAGAGAUCCAGCCUAUCGGCAACUGCGAGAAGAACGCAGGCAUGCUGCAGCCGCCAUUGGGCUUCCGUCUGAACGCAUCCUCCUGGCCGAUGUUCCUUCUAAAAACACUCAACGGAGCCGAAAUGGCCCCAGCACGCAUCUUUCACAAGCAGGAGCCCCCAGCCCCAGAGCAGAACUCCUUCCAGGUGGGCAUGAAGCUGGAGGCGGUGGACCGCAAGAACCCCCACUUCAUCUGUCCGGCCACAGUGGGAGCGCUGCGUGGCGUGGAGGUGCUGGUCACCUUCGACGGCUGGCGGGGUGCCUUCGACUACUACUGCCGCUACGACUCCCGGGACAUCUUCCCCGUGGGCUGGUGCUCUCUCACCGGGGACAACCUGCAGCCGCCAGGCACCAAAGGUCUGUGCGUGCCUGUGUGUAUGUAUGCAGUGCUACCCAAGACCCUCGGUUGCCUUUCAGACGGUAGCGAGGGAACAGCCAUGCACCCCAUGCCAGGACAGCCGCAUGGCCAACGGGGACGCAAGCCAGGCCGCAGGAAAGCCAAGCUGACAGGGCUCUGGGGCCAGAAGGGGGCCGGAGUAGGAACACAAGCCCCCCUGCCCAGAAAUGGACUGGAGCAUAUCAAGGUCCCCAAGAAGAGAGGCCCCAAACCGGGGAGUAAGUUGGGCUGGGCGAAGAGAGCAGGCUGGCUGGAGGGUGCCAUGGCAGGCCCAGGGCGACCCAUGUCCCGGCCCAGAGGGAGGCUGCCAGCCGACUGGGCCCAGAGGAUGGCCCUGCAGGAGGGUCAAGUGGAGUCUAUCAAGAUCCCCAAAAAGAGAGGGCCCAAGCCCGGCAGCAAGAGAAAACCGCGGGUGGUGCCCAACCCCGUGCCCGUUUCCCCCAACAGCAGUAUGCCAGAGCCAGACACCAGCACGGUGCCCCUGGACAACGCCACCAUCCCCAGCGCCGCCUUGCAUGCUGCAACAGUGUGUGUAUACCUGAACAAGUAUGGGAAGGUGGGACCCCACUUGGACGGGCGGCGGGUGCAGCAGCUGCCCGACCACUUUGGUCCAGGCCGGGCUUCCUCGGUGCUACAGCAGUGUGUCCAGGCCUGUGUGGACUGUGCCCACAACCAGAGCUCUGUCUUCUCCUGCCUCAAGCCAGGUCACGGAGGAGAGGUCAUAUCAGCCCACUUUGACCAGCAGCACCAUACCCUCACCCUGCCCACGGUCAACAGCGUCACGUACGUCCUGCGCUUCCUGGAGAAACUCUGUCACAACCUCUACUGUGACCCUCUGUUUGGCAGCCAGCCCGUUCCCCAAGGGGGCCUGCAUUACGAUAGCCACGCACACCCAGAAAGGAGAAGUUUUAGGGAGGGCCUCACGACGGGUCCAGGAAGAGGCUCCAAGCGGUUCCUUCAAGACUCCUACUACAGCCCCCUCCCCCACAAGCUGGCCAAAAACCCUUGCCUCUCCUUGGAAGGUGAGCCCUUCCUCAUGGUGAACGGUGUAGGGGGUUCGGGGCACUUAAAAAAGAGCCCCCUGUCCCCGGGCUCGACAGGGCAGCCUCUGGGUCUGCAGUCCCCCACCAAGUUGCUACAUCUCAACUCUUCAGGCUCUGAGCGUUUCAGAGAGAGCCCUCGGCCCAGUGGCCAGGACCCCAACCUGUGGACGGUGAAGGACGUCAUGCAGUUCAUCAGAGACAUAGACCCCCUACUGGCCCCCCACGCAGAUCUCUUCAGAAAACACGAGAUUGAUGGCAAAGCCCUCUUGUUACUACGCAGCGACAUGAUGAUGAAAUACAUGGGCUUGAAGCUCGGGCCUGCCCUAAAACUCACAUUCCACAUCGACAAGCUCAAACAUGGACGCCCAAAUUGAGCUCAUCAGCGUCCUGUCCCCCCCACCCCUCUACAGGAUAUAAUGCACGGCAUUCUACUGGACUAACCAUCACAUGUCGCAUCCGCCACUAGGCUAUGAUACCUGGUGUCAUAUAUCCCCUCCCUUUCUCUGCCGCAUCUAAGAAGCCCUGUGGCGAACUUCUCUUAUUUACAUUUUAUUUCUGUUGUGUGGCACAAUCCAGCCCUACGGCAGCAUUGGAUAUGCAGACUGACUGACUCGCCCACAGCUCCUCCUCAUCCAUCAUGUUACUUGCCUGUUUUUCUAUUCCAUAUUCUCUUACAACAACCUCUACCAAUGAUGCCCUCCCUGUGUGUAGCCAUUUUUUACUGAAAUGGCCAUUUUAGGCCAGAGUUUGUAUUACAUUGUUUUUGAUCACUUUUUUUUGUGCCGUCCCUGGAAAAUAUGGACUUGCAUUAAGCCAUUUUGGCUGUUUUGUAUGAAAUAAGUAUACUGAACAAAAAUAUAAAUGCAACAUGUAAACUGUUGGUCCCUUGUUUCAUGAGCUGAAAUAAAAGAUCACAGAAAUGUUCCAUAUGCACAAAAA